UAAACGUAAUAACAAAUAAAUUAAAUCAUGAUAUGCAGUUAAAUAAUAAAUAAUUAUUUUUUUUGCCUCACGUUUUUUGUCAUAAGUAAUGUUGACUCACCAUAGGCAUCAAAUUCAUUCUACUAUCAUGAGUGACAAUAAGUCUCCAUAGCUACAUUGAAUUUAAUUGAAUAAAUUUUCAAUAUAUAACAUCAGAAAGAUGUUAAAAUAAAAUACUUAGUAAAUAAUUUAAGAUUUCAUAUUAUAAGGGAAACAUAGAACUUUAAAAGGCAUUAAGGUCAAUUGUACGUCCAUGAGUGACAAUAAGUUUUCUUAGGCACAUUAAAUAAAAAAAGGAUUUUAAAAUUACCUUUUUAUAUUGACAAAGUGAAUUUCCAAAGUAAGAGAAAGUAUAACAACAAAAAUAUUUUCAAAAUAUAAAAUGAGAAUAAAAAAAGUAAAGCUAAAUUAUUUUUGAAAAUUAAAGCACACCAACCCACAUUUUAAAAAAUUGUUUUAUUUGCAAAUGAUAAAUUAUUUUCAUUUAAUUUUCUCUUUUUAUAAAAAUCAUAAAUAAAGAAAACCAUUGACACUAAUCUCUAUUUCGAACUACAUGAACUUUGAUCCCUAUAAAAGGAUACAUAGGCCCCAAAAGUCAAUUUUGAAUCAAGUCCCCUUGUCGUUAAAUAAUUAUUUUAUUUGCACUUUAUACACAAUUGAAUAGGCAUUAAGAUAAAUGGUCAUAUAAUUUUUGCACAAUAAGUUUAAGGUAUUCAUUCUUACAAAUAGAUAUUAUGGAGUUCCUAAUACUUUCCUCACACAUAAUUGACCCCCGAACCUAUCUUGAUUUUGCAAACUAUCCUUUUCAUUUUCUUUUAAAGGUUUUUCAAAAAAUUUUCUUAAACUUUUAGUGGCGACUCCUUUAAAUCGAUCUUUUUUUCAAAGGUUGAAUCCUUGCUUUCACACGCCGUCCACAUCACAUUUUCAGAUGUGACAUUUAUCUCUUUAGGAUUCCGCCAAGAAACUUAACCAACCAUCUUUAUCUUCAAGAAACUUAGGAAGAGAACCCCUUGGCUGAAAUCCAUGGAAGCUUGGAUGAAGAAAUUGAGUUUAGAUCCUUGUGAGAAUGAAAGGGAUGGGAUGAGCAAGAUAAAAUAUGAAGAAUUGUGUAGGUUUUGUGGAGGUUUGAUGAUUGAAAAUAGAGGUUAGGGGGCUGAAAAAUAAAAAACAAUGAAAAGAAAAUGAAGAAAAACAUGAACUAAAGAGAAAAUGAAAGAGAUAAUGAAACGUGGUGUGUAAAUCUGAAAAUGAGGUGAAUAAAGCAUGAUUCCUUAUUGCUUCAGCUGAUCUCUCAAUUAACAUAAAAGAAAACAAAAUUAAAAGGAAAUUUGGAACUAUGUCACACUUACUAAGUGACAGUCUUUUAUUAGCUUGUAAAUAAUUUAAAUAUGUGUUAAAUUAAUCUCAUACAUCAUUCACAUUUUAAACUAUCUAUUCCACCCAAUUAGUUCUUAAAACCCAGAGGCCUUGCUAGCGAAAUGGCUCCACUGCCACUUGCCUGUGUUUCUAGAAUAACCAACACCCCAAUAUUGUGGUUUUUUGGUCAGUUCACGUAUAAGACCAGGAAAGGCUCUGGCCCCUGUUCCUCUGGAAUUCUAGAAGAAUGAAUUCAUUUGACAAACAUGAGAAUGAGGGAGGGCUUGAAUACCCACGGGCCUGUCCAUCUCAACACCAGAUUCUAUCCGUUGCAGCAUGUGAUUCACCACAGGUCCGUCAUUCAUAGCCAAGCCCAGCUCCAUAGAUUGUGGUUUAGAAUUCUCCCCUGGACCCGAAAUAACGAAUUGGAUGGGAGGUUAGCAAUCCUUUGUUUUGGGCCCGUACUCAACACUUCUGGCCCAACUUUAAUAUGCUUGGAUGAGCCCAUCACCUCAGCGUCACUAAUCAGCCCAUUACUCAACACAUCAAAAGUGUUUUUAAUGCCUAAGAAUUUAGGACUUCCAAAGUAAAUUGUAAAUAGAUUUUCUUAGUAAUUAAUAUCACAAAGGGGAAUUUUCUCACGGCGUGAGAUCUAACAUGCCACAUUUUAGAUUUUAUUUUUUAUAAAUCUUUAUAUAUUAUUUUGAAAAUAGAUUAUUUUCAUUUAUUUUUACAUUCUUGAAAGAUGUAAUAUUUCUAAAAAAAUUUAGAGAAAAAAAAGAGCUACUUAUUAAGGGCUUAGCUCCUUUCAAGAAAGAGGGAGAAAACAAGGAAGCUACUAGAGUAGACUCUUGUUUUUUCAGCGCCCAGGCCCAUGUUGCAAUUAAACUUUUGAUGUCAAAUUUAUUUCAAUUAGACACCUUUUCUCAUGCGUUACAAGUCAUUUGAGAUAAGUCAUGCUACUCUCGGGUUAUGAAUGAUACAGUUUGUUGUAGAUUUUAUAUUGUCCAUUGAUAUGGACGUUGAAUACUUAAUAAUUUUAUCAAUUUAAUAGUUCUUAUAUGUUUUCAUAUCCCUCGGUAUAGCACAAUCUCAAUGACGAUGUCCACUGGACAUUCAAGGUUAUUCACAAGUUUCGAGUCUUACACACAUAAUUUGCUAUCUUUGUUUCAUGCCUUGUUCUCGGGGGAGACUUUUCCCAUGCUCAAUCACAUUGCCUCCUUCUCCACACAAAGAAAACCAACAAGGAGUUUGGAUCUAAACGCGAGUGUAUAUAAGAUGAGGUACGGAAGACACAGUAUCGAUUUCAGGCAUUGAUUGGUAGAAGUGAUGAUACAAGCCAAACCGUAACAUAUAACAAUGGGGUGCAAGAUCACAUUUCUUUGCCUUAUCGUCUUGUUCAUCUUACCAAGUUUCAGUCUUGGUCGACCUAUCAUCAACCAAGGAACCCUAGAGUUGAUCUCUGAUGGAGUCCAAGUUCAAAAGGAAUCACGUAACCUUGUACAUCUAAACCAGAAGUUGAUUUCAGCAGAUACUUGCACAGAGGCAUAUGAGUCUCUUCCAUGCACCACCGCAGUUCUAGGCAAUGUGUUUCUUGUUCUUGUCUAUGGCUACUUGAUGCUUAUGGCAGCCAAGUUUAUGUCAUGUGGCAGUGAGAUUUUGCUUCAGAUAGUUGGGCCUGGUCUUGUUGGUGGUCUCUUCCUUCCUGUCUUGAGCUCAAUUCCUGAUGCAGCUAUCAUUCUUGCGUCUGGACUAUCUGGAAGCAAAGAAACUGCUCAGACUCAAGUCUCUGUAGGGAUAGGCUUAUUAGCUGGAUCAACUGUAUUGCUUCUGACUUUACUGUGGGGCUCUUGUCUCAUUGUUGGAAAGUGUGACCUUGAAAACUCAGUGGCAAUAGAUCAGAAAGACACAAAAGCCUCUAGCUUGACUGGUAUAUACCUUGGAGUUCUACUAUCAUUCAUUAUCUGUGUUUCCUUGUUGAUUGUUUAUAGCCUUUAUCAGGUUUUUCAGCGGUGGAUUCAAAGGAGAAGGCUUGUCUAUGUUAAACAUAAGAACUUAAUGUCAGGCCUUCUAGAACAUCUAAAGUCACAAGUUGGAGGAGGAUGGUUCCUUAAAGACAAUGGGGAACCUAACACCAAGGUUAUACAAAAGGUAUUUGAGACACUUGAUAAGAAUUCUGAUGGAUGCAUAAGAGGAAAAGAUUUAAGAGCUCUGAUGUUAGGAAUGCACCUUAAGGAAACAAAAAUGGAGUUAGACGAAGCCGUGGAAGAUAUCAUGUUGGAUUUUGACAAGUCUCAUGACUCAAGAAUUGAUCAGGAAGAGUUUAUCAGAGGAAUUACAAGAUGGCUUCAAAAAGCUAAGCGCUCUGCAAGAAACAAUGAGCAGAGUCCCUCAACACUUGAGCUCUUGAACAACUUUCAUAAAAAAACAGUUGAAGAACAAGAUGUUUUGUUAGGUGAUCAUGGUGAUGAGACCAUGGGAAGUGUGGCGAAAAAUCCAAGGUGGAACACUUUGAAAGCAGUUCUGAUGCUGCUUCUGGGAACUGCAAUUGCUGCCGUGUUUGCUGAUCCUCUUGUAGAUGCAGUGGACAACUUCUCAACAGCCACAAGCAUCCCUUCCUUUUUUGUCUCAUUUAUCAUCCUCCCUUUUGCUAGCUCAAGUGAAAUUGACUCUGGGCUGAUCUUUGCAAGCCGAAAAAAAAUCAGAACAGCAUCACUCACAUACUGUGAGAUAUAUGGGUCAGUGACAAUGAGCAACAUGCUUUCCCUAUCAGUGUUCUUGGGUCUGGUUUACAUUCGUGGCUUGACAUGGAAUUUCUCAUCUGAGGUACUCAUCAUUCUAAUUGUCUGCACUAUAAUGGGUCUCAUUGCCUUCUUUCGCACCACCUUCCCUCUUUGGACGUGUUUUAUAGCCUUUGCUCUUUAUCCCCUGUCUCUGUUACUAAUAUAUACUCUUGAAGAUUGGCUUAAACGCUGUCAUUUUAUCCUGCAUUUUGCUUCUUAGUGAUAUCCUCAAGCUGUAAAUCAUUCAGAAAGUUUUGUUUGAUAUUUUGUAUGCCUUGACAGUUGACACCCGUCACUCCGCAGCUGAGCUCCAUUGUAAAAUAAUGAUGCAGUAUAAUAAAUAAUACGAGCAAACAUUCCACAA